AUGAGGGGCGCGGGCGCCUGGGCCCCGCUCUGCCUGCUGCUGGUCGCCGCCGCCCAGCACUCGCGGCCGCAGCUCUCGGAGAGACCUGUUUUCACAUGUGGCGGCAUUCUUACCGGAGAGUCUGGAUUUAUUGGCAGCGAAGGUUUUCCUGGAGUGUACCCUCCCAAUAGCAAAUGUACCUGGAAAAUCACAGUUCCAGAGGGAAAAGUAGUAGUUCUUAAUUUCCGAUUCAUAGACCUGGAGAGUGACAACCUGUGUCGUUAUGACUUUGUGGAUGUGUACAAUGGCCACGCCAACGGCCAGCGCAUCGGGCGCUUCUGUGGCACGUUCCGGCCUGGAGCCCUUGUGUCCAGUGGCAACAAGAUGAUGGUGCAGAUGAUUUCCGACGCCAACACAGCUGGGAAUGGCUUCAUGGCCAUGUUCUCUGCCGCGGAACCAAAUGAAAGAGGUGAUCAGUAUUGUGGCGGACUCCUUGAAGGACCGUCCGGCUCUUUCAAAACCCCCAACUGGCCAGACCGUGAUUACCCUGCAGGAGUCACUUGUGUGUGGCACAUCGUAGCCCCAAAGAAUCAGCUUAUAGAAUUAAAGUUUGAGAAAUUUGAUGUUGAGCGUGAUAACUACUGCCGGUACGAUUACGUGGCUGUGUUUAAUGGUGGGGAGAUCAACGACGCUGAAAGAAUUGGAAAGUAUUGUGGCGACAGCCCCCCUGCGCCGAUUGUAUCUGAGAGAAACGAACUUCUCAUUCAGUUUUUAUCAGAUUUAAGUUUAACUGCAGAUGGAUUUAUCGGUCACUACAAAUUCAGGCCCAAAAAAUUGCCGACAACCACUGCACUGCCUGUUACCACCACCUUUCCGGCGACUACAAGUUUAAAGCCUACUGUGGCCCUGUGUCAGCAGAAGUGUAGACGAUCGGGGACCCUGGAGAGCAAUUAUUGCUCAAGUAACUUCGUCUUGGCCGGCACUGUCAUCACCACCAUCCCUCGAGGUGGGAGUUUGCAUGCCACGGUCUCGAUCAUCAACAUUUAUAAAGAGGGCAAUCUGGCAAUUCAGCAGGCCGGCAAGAACAUGAGUGCCAAGGUCAUCGUGGUCUGCAAGCAGUGCCCACUCCUCAGAAGAGGUUUAAAUUACAUAAUUAUGGGUCAAGUGGGUGAAGAUGGGCGAGGCAAGAUCAUGCCCAGCAGCUUUACCAUGAUGUUCAAGACCAAGAAUCAGAAGCUCCUGGAUGCCCUGAAGAACAAGCAAUGUUAA